ACAUCUAUUGGACUUUCAAGUUACCCAAAUGAAAAAAGUGCAGCCUGCAAAACAAACUCGUCCUCGAUUCAAAUAAUUUUCCCAUUCGUCUUAGCCGCGACAUACACAUAGUUGUACAUGUGACUGUGAGAUACGAGUACAACAACUCCGGAAUAGCCGAUGUCCAUCUUUUGCUUCUUGUUCCCACACCAAGAGAAAUACACGCAAAGAAAAUAUGAACUCCUACAUCAACUAAAUAUUGACCGCCUAUUUUUCCGACUCCACGAGGGCGAGAGUCAAUCGUAAAUAACUUAACUACAUCGAUUUAGAUUUAGUGAAUGGUUCCUGUUGUGUCUGCCGCUCUCGUGUGAUGUAGAAAAAGGCACUUACUUCAUCAACCUCUUAAGGUUAGCAGUAGAUAUAAAGUAGCUAGGGCCCUUCUCUUUGGUUGUGGGUUUAUUUGGUGAACCGGUACCCCAUAGCGAAAGCGAAUAAACCUGCGCACACAACCAGAGAGCGGAGCACUAACCGGAGGCGUUGCACAGGGCUCCAGCCUGCCGCUGAAGGUGAGACCUAUGGGGCUGACAGGACGACGAUAGCGCCGGCGCUUAAUUAGUUUCAGCAGGGAGGGGCUGGCGCGAUGGUAACUACCCGCUUCUCUUUUCUAUCUUCCUCCGGUUUUUUUUUCUGGUUACUUACUUAGGUCUGCUUCGCAGCACUUACUCUUGAUGGCUCUGGUAGUAAGUGCGUGCCUGGGGAUCGUAGGAGGUCCCUGGCGGUACUUCCCAUCCGUCGGAUGUCUCGUCUCCCGACGUCGGCUUUUUCUAAAUCACUGCGUAGACCUCACGCAUCUAGUUUAUGCAAGUCAUCUGGUAGUUCCUUUUUUAGCAUAGAAAACGACCGCGGCAACACAUUGAGGCCCAAACUGUUGAGAAGGUCGGCGCGCUAUCCCGGGGAGCUCGGCACCACAGUACUAGAUAG